CUGCGACGGCCGACGACCUGCGUGGCCACCGCGAUCCACUUGCUGCCACCUUGAACCCAGCGAAGGACGCGCGCCGGCCGCCCAUUCUCAAGGACAUGGCGCUCCUCAGGGGACCCUGCUGCUGCCUGCUCGCGGUGUUGCUGGCGCUGGCGGCGGCCUGGGGAGACGACGAGGCCCCGCCGGAGGGCUACUACGCCUUCAUGGAGGCGCCGCUGGCGCAGCCGCCGAGGGUGCGCAGGCCGCCCUACGCGCAGUCCGGCCACGAGUGUCCUGGUCUGAGGGAUCCAGUACCACAACGUUCGCUGGCGAAUCUGUGUGGAGAUCUCAACAAGGGCCUGCUGCCCAAGAAUCCAAUGGGGCAGAGCGUCUAUGGUUUCACAUAUCCCUUUGAACUCUUACGCAACAAGACGCUGCAGUUUCUCAGCCGGACGCUGCCCAUCCUGAGAGAGGACGAGACGCUGCCCAAGGUCGCGCGCUUCGAAGAGGAGGACAUCCAGACCAAUACACUGAGCCGCAGCAGACGCAGCGCGACCUUGGACGAGGACGGCGAGGCUGCCGCCAAGGAUCCGGCGAGCGUCAAGGAGGAGGAGAAGAAGGCGAAGGACAAUGAACUCCAGCCGCCGGAGGAAGGACCUCUGGAGCUGGAGGAGGGACGCGGGGCCCGCAAGUACUGCGACAAGGGCGGCGGCGUACUGUGCAUGCUGUACAAGAUGAUCAACGGAGAGCCGCUGAGUGGCGGCGUGGCGGAGCGUCGCGACGGCAGCGUCCCCGGGGACGGCGACGCCGAGGACGGCGCCAGGAGGCCGCCCCCGCCCCCGCCACCGCACUACCGGCGCGCCGAGCCACCCGCCGCCGCCGGCCAGGGCCCCAGCGCGCUGCCGCCCACGCCGUGUCCGGCGCGCGUCGAGUACGCCACCCCGGUCUUCGCCAGGAACUACCAGGGCGUCUGGAGAUACGUCGUCCAGAUACCCUACGAGGGCUACUUCACUCAGACCGUCGAGGUUGUCCGCUGCCUGCAGACGCGGUGCCACUACCUGGAGGGCGGCGGCUGCCUCUCGUCGCCGCGCUGGGUGAGCCUGCUGGUGGCCGAGGUCUUCUACCCCAACACGGUGCUGCCCGCCUACCAGCAGCGCCAGCCGCGGCCGCCCGUCGCCGCCGCGGACGCCAUGCCGCCCGUCCACGACUUCCAGAACUACCAGGACGCGCUGCGCAAGCGCGCCGGCGCCGGCGCCGACCCGCCCACCACCGAGAAGCCCUCGCACUGCGACGGCGUCGACGAGCUCGGCUGCUUCCAGGUGCGGCUGUACUACGACUGGUUCCUGGUGCCGGGCAGCUGCAAGUGCUGGAAGCCCGACUACUUCUCGCGCUUCGUGCGCCGGAAGGUGGUGGGUCCGGAGCUCUGAGACCGCGCGCCUCCAGGCCGCCCCGCCCCCAACUUGCAGCUCCAGCACGCACUUCGCCACACUGACGCUUCUUCCAGGAGUUCUUCUGAAACGGGCGCCCGGCAGGGCAGCGGGCGCGCGUGCCUCUCGAGACCGAGUGGAAAGUUUUUUUUACCACCCUCCGAGACGGCUCUGCGUCUGGCGGACGAGUAAGAACUCUCAACUGAAAUGGAGGCAUCGUCAGGCAGACUGGAUCCUGGGUGACAAUGAGUUCUCACCCGGAGAUCUGAUCACUCUCACAAAUAAUGAGAAAUGUAGCGAAGCAACUUAUUUCACUUGGCCGGCAGUACUAAUAAUGUAUUUGGGAGUAUUUAUUUUUUUAAUCAUGUAUUUCGACCAGUUCUGUGUUGCUCUCCGUCUCUAUCUACGAUUCACUGAUCUUUGCAGCUUUGCAUAUUUGAUAAACGAAAAAUGUCUCUCCGAAUAACUCCAGUGGUCAAGUUAACUGUUUCUGUACUACUUUGUUCAUUUUCCACUUUCCCACACAUGGCUUUCGCCGUACCUCUUCAUUUCAUAUUUCAUCUUUGCUCUCAAUCUUGAACAUACUUUGCCAGGAGGUAGUUCCAAACUUUUCGAGUUUUGUCUUGCAUGGUUUUCUCACGGUCCUCGCUUCAGUUCCACGCAUUACUGUGACGCAGACGUAUAGUCUCAUUUUUAUCUUUGCCAGCCCUAUGUCACUAUUUGCUAUCACGAGAGAUCUUUCCCUCAAGAGAGCCUUCUUCGUUCGUGACUGAUUCUUUCCAAUGCCUUCGUUGUUUCGAUCUACUGUACUCUUGAAGCUUCCUGACAAACUAAAACUGUGUGCCGGACUGAGAGUCGAACUCGGGUCUUUGCCUUUCGCGGACAAGUGCUCUACCGGUAGAGCACUUGCCCACGAAAGGCAAAGGUCUCGAGUUCGAGUAUCUGUCCGGCAAACAGUUUUCAUCUGUCAGGAAGUUUCUUAUCAGCGCACACUCCGCUGUAGAGUGAAAAUUUCAUUCUACUGUACUCUUGUUUCGCGGAUAUAAGAACUUAAUCUCUCCUACGAUUAGUCAUAAAAUUGUGACCAUUGUUUUUUCCCUACUACUGUCAUUACCUUCGUCUGUGCUUUACGAUUCCUUAGCACAAAUUAGCAAUAUUAAAGAAGUACAACGAAAGGUCUACAAUACUACAGUUACGUACAUUAUCGUCCAGAGACAUUUACAUUUCAAACACACGAUCUUGGCGUAUUGUUCGGGACAAAAUCUUUUAAUAUCAUACUGCUUUAACAAUAAUGCUGUACAUGUUAUAGGAAACGCGUCAACUCUUCUUUUAGGAUGGCAAACUUAAUAGCAUUCGUAGAAAUAAUUGAUGGUCGGCAGCCUACUUAGACCAAGAAUUUUCUGGAUUCUACACUAAUCUAUCUGUUAUCUUAAUGUAUUUCUCUGUCAUCAUUACUCAGCCAUUCGUUGUACAAAAUCAGCAAUUUGUAUAUGAUUAAACAAUAAAGUAUUUUAUUUGUUAUUUUA